CGAGACGACGACGGCGGCGGCGGCGGCGGCGGCGGCAGCAGCAGCGAGUAAUACAACACACUACUCUACUCCGCGCGUCUCGUGUGUAUACACCGCUCGGGGGGGCCCCGGCUGCGUGCGUGCGUGUUCCGUGUGUGCUAUAACUAUAUUCGUGCAGCGCAUACAUUCUCUCUCUCUCUCUCGCUCGCUCACAUAGUCGCGCGCGCGCGCGAGAUAGACAGACUGCAGCAGCCGGCGUCGUCUCUCUUUCGCCGCUGCUAUCAGUGCUACAGCUGCAGUGCCGUCGCCGCCUCCUUUUCGCGGAGAUGUAGAAGAGAGCCUCUCUCUCUCUCUUUCUCUCUCUCUCUCUCUGCUGUCUCUUUUACGUUUCCACGCCGGAUUUUGCGAGCGGUAGCAGCGGCAGUUUUAUUAGUGCUCGUGCGACGGAGUACUUGGCUAUAUCAGGGACAUGCGAGAACCUGGCGGUCGCUCGUCGUGCAUCAGCGCUGCGAAAGAACGCUCAGCCAGUGCAGCAGCGCCGGCCUCGACAACAGCAGCAGUGCCGACGAGGAGGAUCAUCGUGACCACGUGUGUGCCAGUGCAAUAUCAUCGUCGUCGUUACUACUGAGAACGAGAGGGAGAGAAGGAUACAGCGCGGUGCGCGCGGAAAUUCAAAGUGCGCGCCUUUCCCGCCGCCACACGCCACGCUCUACACACACACACACACACACACACACACAUACACACACACGGCUCAUCGCACGCGUGCCCGGAAAAGCGCGCGCAAGGGAUUGUAACAGCGCGCGUCGUUGAUACUCUGUUAUACAGGUGUGCCGCGGGCAGCGCGUCUCAGGCGGAUAAUAUAAUACACAGGAAAAAAGUGCGCGAGUGUCGAAAUAGACGGCCGUCCGUCGGUCCGAUAUAACACGUCAAAGAGAGAGAGAGAGAGAGUGCGCGUGAUCGCGAGUAUAACAGAGGGAGAUAGCGAGGACUUGAGUACAAGGGAAAAGAGCAAGAGAAAGAAAUAGAGAAGAAUGGCGCUCUCCGCACAGAAUCAGUCGACCUCCUACGUGAACCUCUACUACUCGAUCGUCCAGCGUGCGGCGACACGCUACUUCAAGGAAUAUUACAAUUCCGAUACUGGCACGCCGUACGUCCUGAACAUGGAGAGACCCCAGAGCCAGUGGGGCUCUGGCCCGGGAUCUCUCCAGGACGGCAGUCUCUACGCCCAUCAGCAGCAGCAGCAACAGCAGCAGCAACAACAGCAGCAACAGCCCCCACAGAGCUCCUCCUCGUCGGGUAGUCCGCAGCAGGCCUGCGGUCCGCCGGUCGAGGGGGAGAACGGCGGCCAGCCAACGAGUUUAGCCUCGCCAGUGCCAUCGCCGUAUCCCUCGGCCCCACCAGAUCAGCCGCAGGCCCUCACGCCGCCCGACGACGAUCAAAUCCAGUCCAGCCAACAGCAGCAACAGCAGCAGCAGCAACAGUCCUCCCAGCAGCAGCAGCAGAAUGCCCAGCAACAGCAGCAGCAACAACAGCAACAGCAAGUCCAGCAGCAACAGCAACAACAGCAACAGCAGCAGCAGCAGCAAGUCCAGAGCAAUCAGGGUCAGGAGCACUCGCCCCAGCAGCAGAUCAGCGCCCACGACGUUGACCGCAACGACUGCUUCCCGGGCUCGGGCGGCGAGCUGCAGCAGUACCCGCAGCACUACUUCAAGGAGGCCAGGCCCCACCCGUCGCCCUCGGUCCCGCCGCACAUGCUCGCGCCCGGCGGCUUCUCGGCGCUGCACUACCUCAAGCAGCCCGGCGUCAUGCUGACCUCGCUGGGCCAGGGCGGGGACGGCGGCCCCGGGGGCCUCGACGCCCACCAGUACAGCGGGCCCGGCGCCGGGGGCCCCGGCAACAUGGGCUCCGGCCUGCCCGACAUCGUCCAGCAGAACGGCAAGUCGAGCAAGUCCGCGAACAGCGAGCUCCGGCUGUUCAAGUGCCUCACCUGCGGCAAGGACUUCAAGCAGAAGUCGACUCUGCUGCAGCACGAGCGCAUCCACACCGACAGCAGGCCCUACGGCUGCCCCGAGUGCGGCAAACGCUUCAGGCAGCAGUCCCACCUGACCCAGCAUCUGCGCAUACACGCCAACGAGAAGCCCUACGCGUGCGCCUAUUGCGAGCGCACCUUCAGGCAGCGCGCCAUCCUCAACCAGCAUCUGCGCAUCCACUCGGGUGAGAAGCCAUACCAAUGUCCGGAGUGCGGGAAACACUUCCGUCAGAAGGCGAUCCUGAAUCAGCACGUCCGCACACACCAAGACGUGAGUCCGCACUUGAUCUUCAAGAACGGCAUGACGCCGACCCUGUGGCCGCAGGACGUGCCGUUCCCGCCGGAGGAGGGCAAGGAGGAAGUCGCCUCGACGUUCGGCGACACGGACACGCAGUCGGGCGCGUUCUCGCCCGCGCCCGGUGACGGCGGCUCCAGCCAGUACCCGGCCUACUUCAAGGAUCCGAAGGGCGGCAACCACGCGGUCUUCGGCAGUGGCGGCGCCACCGGCACCUUCGGCGCGCUUCAGUACAUCAAGCAGCAGCAGGGCAGCGGCGCGAGCAACGGCGGCAAGGGCUGCCUGCCCGACGUCAUCCAGCACGGGCGCUCGGCGGGCAUGCCCCUCUACGUGCGCUGCCCCAUCUGCCAGAAGGAGUUCAAGCAGAAGUCGACCCUGCUGCAGCACGGCUGCAUACACAUCGAGUCGAGGCCGUACCCCUGCCCUGAGUGCGGCAAACGCUUCAGGCAACAGUCCCAUCUGACCCAGCACCUGCGCAUCCACACCAACGAGAAGCCCUACGGAUGCGUCUACUGCGGACGCAACUUCAGGCAGCGCACCAUCCUCAAUCAGCACCUGCGGAUACACACCGGAGAGAAGCCCUACAAGUGCCAGCAGUGCGGCAAGGACUUCCGGCAGAAGGCCAUCCUCGAUCAGCAUACGCGUACCCACCAGGGCGACCGGCCCUUCUGCUGUCCGAUGCCCAACUGCCGGCGGCGUUUCGCGACCGAGCCCGAGGUCAAGAAGCACAUCGACAACCACAUGAACCCGCACGCCACCAAGGUUCGACGCAACAGCAGCAGCGAUACCAAGCCGCCAGGCGGCGCCACCGGAAACGGGCCCACGGGCCUGGGCCCCGUGAGCGUGGCGCGCGGUCUGACGCCGGCCGUGGUCAAACCCGAGCUCUACUUCCCUCAGUGCUACGCGCCCGCCUUCAAUCACCAGCCGGCCGUGUCCUCGGCCCAGUUCCCGGGCCAGUCGAACGUCGUCGCCGUCGCCGGAGAGUUCAAGCCGCCCACCGGGCUGCCGCCCCAGUGACUAGCCGUCCAUCCUGCAGCGUACUAGCCAGCAGGAAUUCCGCUGAGGUUUCAGCGAUGUCUAAGUACGGUCAGCAGUGCCGCCAACAGCAGCCCGACGCAUCAUCCUCAUCAUCAUCACCAUCAUCAUCAUCAUCAGCAGCAGCAGCAUCACCACCACCAGCCGCAACACCAUCAGCAGCAGCCGCAGCAGAUCUCGUCCUCGUCGGCGUCGUCUUCGCCCUCGUCGGUGGCUUCGUCCUCUUCGUCGCCGGACGCGCCGAGCAGGUGCAACCAGCAGCAGCCGCUACAGCAGCUCUAUCCCUGAACGGAAAGAAAUCGGCAUCGCCCGUCUGUUGUCCAUAGGGAAUCGUUCUUCCGAUGAUUUGUGAUUACAGCUUGAUUUUCUAGUUUUAUUUUCUGUUGUAACGAUUAUACCUACGUCUUCUCUUAUUUCUGACGCAACAGAGAGAAAGAGAAAUCGAGCGAGUUGACACAAGGUAACGUAUAUAUGAUAACACUCAUAAUGCAUACAUCAACGAAUGAAACUCGUCCGAUGCCCGCGUCCGACGAUGAUAAAAAAAGCACGACGACGAAGCCGGUAGAAUCGCAUGUAGUUUCUUGCAAUUCGUUUUCUCAUUCGAGCUUCAUUUUACAUUGUAUCUUCACAGACUUAUAAUUGUUAACGCAGUGACAUACAUACACACAAUGAGUUUCUCUCGCCAAACGGGUUGAACAUGUUCGAUUUUCGACUAGACUGAAAUGAUUGUGAUAAAUAUUUAACUUGCCUAUGUUUUAACAAAAAAAAAAGUAACAAGAGAUGAGAAUGAGAAAAAGAGUCCGAGAACCGAGAGAUAGGGUACAGUAGGCUACGAGUAUAGCUAUGGUGAUAGGAGGAAUCGAAGCGUCUCGGGAAUAAUCACAUACCGAUGUGCGUCCGAUAAAUGAAAAUUAGGGGCGACGGAUAAAAAAAAAAGACAAACGUCUGUACAUAUGUAUAGCGUGUAUUUUACGUUGUGGGGGAGAAGACGAGAGAAAGAGAGAAGAAGCAGCAGGUCCGGGUGUAGAAAGACUGCGCAAAAGAGUAAUAGGAUUUAGGCGGUAUCAAAAGAUUAAUAAGAGAAUCGAAAGAUGAUGACACACGCAUUUACGACUCCGCAUAUAUAAGUACGCACCGGGGUAAUUUGUCCCCUUAUCCCGUCCGACUUGCGACUCGCGAGAAGAGCCAAGCUUUCUCGCUCGCAUUUCGGCUCGCGCGCGACUGCAUUUAUAAGAUAGUUCUUUAUAUGUAUAUCGAAUAUAUGUGAAACAUGAGCAAAAUAUGCUACGAAACUCCGGGGGAUGUCCUGUUACGUAAUUCGAAUGUAUAUUUAUACAUAUACACACGCACGCGGGAGAGCAGCCGUGGUUAGUUUAAUUGACAGCGACGAAUAAGUCUAUUGGUUGCGUUUAUUAUUACGUUUUGUUUUUAGUUGACAUAGCGAGAGAAGGAAUCAGAUUGGUGCUGAGAAUUAGAGAAAAAGAGAGAGAGAGAUAGGGAGCAUUGACGGAAAAAGCGUAAUGAGUAUAUAAAAGGCAGUUAGAUAAGCGAAUCGCGAAACGACGGAGGGAACGUGGAAGAAGGCUGAGACACCGUAUAUAGUGGUAGAGUAAUUAGGAUAGUCGAUAAUAAAUUGUAGCUCAAGUCUUAAAGGGACAAACGCGCGUGCGGCUCCGAUGUGCACGUCUCCCGAAUCAUGAAAUUAUCGUCAUUAUUAUUACACGCGGCCCUCGCCUUCGCCUCACCCUCGCGUUGUGACAUCUUAUCAUCAUUUCGUCGUCGAUCAUCAUAGUCAUUUUCAUCUCAUUACCAUUAACGUUAUCAUUAGAUACCAUACGUCACUACAUACGCCAUCAUUUUUUUUUUUUUUCAUCAAUAUUAUAUCCUUUAUUGCGUCGUUAUUAUUAAUUGUCUUGAACGUGAUCGUCAUGCGGACUUGAUUCGUACAUUUCGUGGCAAUACUUAAAAAAAUUUUACGUACUAGAUGAUAGUCUUUUAAAUUUCUAUACAUUAAGACGUGUGAUCUCUCUUAUUAUUGUAUAUUACACAAUACACUAUGAUCUAUACUUAGUACGAGAUUCGGAUAUAUAUGAAGAAUAAAAAAAAAUAUAUAUAUAUAUUAAUUAUUAUGUAUUAGAUAUUCUAUUAUAGUCUUUUAAUUUUGAGAGAGAGAGAGCGAAAUGAAAGAGAUAGAGAUUUGAGAUGAUAAUUGUGUGGCCAUAUUACAGAAUAUGGCCUGUUCGUAGUGCCUCGGAAUUGCUGCUAAACUGGUGCAGUGAUUUAAUCGUAUUCUUUUUUUUAGUUUUAACGCGCGUGUAUGUAUACGUAUGUGCAUGUGCAUUAUAAAUAUUUACAUACGCGUGUAUACAUACGACGAGAAUAAGGAUAUGAAUACUUGCAAUUAAUGAUACUCCGACAAUUAUACAGGACUAGAAACGCGAGAGAGAGAGAGAAAAAAGGGAUGUUAGUAGACAGCGUUAAGGGGAAUCUGAAGGAUAGUAAAGGAACCGUGUCAUGCGCGAGAGGUGUCACGUUAAAAAUGGAAAAAAGGAUAAAAA